AUGCCUUGUAUCACCAUAAAGAAGAACUGCCACUACGAGGUUAUGGCGGCAAAUAGAGGAAGGAAGAAGUGGACUUUCGAUGGUUCCAGCAUUCUGUGCCAGGUUUGUGGCGACAAAGCCAGCGGGUUUCAUUACGGUGUACAUGCCUGCGAAGGCUGCAAGCCUACAUUGCAACCAAAUGAAGCAUACUUAGACUGGAUAGUCGUGCAGUUGAAAUCUUGGAUAUCCCUGGAUAACCCUGACAACGGUGAGGACAUGACCGAGAAACAUCGGAAUCUCAACUCGUGCAAUGUCAGCAACGCCACCGGCCAUCCGACCCGAGAUGACAAGCCGACCGACCUGAUCCCCAGGGGUCGGAUGACGGAGCGGCCAACUCAUGGAUGCGUGUGUAUGUGUGGAGACGAGAAGAUAAGGAACACAAACGACUUUCAACUUUUCCUGAUUUCUCUGGCCGUUUCAAAGCUGUACAGCAUUAACGUAGCCCCGUGCCUCGGUUCGAGGAACCGACCACCAUUUGUAAGCAUCCCUGAACGAGCACCAGUCGCCACCAGUACACUCUGUCACGUUUCUGCGUCGUCGUCUCUCACCUUGACCGACCUUCAGCCGACUUCGCUGACUUCGCCACACAACUCGGUGUUGCUCAUUAGUAGUGACAGGCGAUCAAUACAGCAGAAGAUACAAUACCGUCCAUGCACGAAAAAUCAGCAAUGCUCGAUCAUACGCAUCAACAGGAACCGCUGUCAGUACUGUCGUCUUAAGAAGUGCAUCGCUGUCGGGAUGUCACGUGACGCUGUGCGGUUUGGACGAGUUCCGAAAAGGGAAAAGGCAAAAAUAAUCGCCGAUAUGCAAAGGACCAGCUUCCAGUCGAGGACGGACAACUUAACUGUUGAGCUGGAGGACGACGAGAACAUAAUCACAUCAAUCGUCAGAGCGCAUGCUGACACAAGCGAAAUUCUUCAUGACCGAGUGCUGUCAGUUUUGGACCACUACAGAAAAAUGGCCUUUGACCUACCGAUCUCGACAGUGGCUUGCCCGUUCAAUCCAUCGUUGCGGAACUGUGAUAAAAUGUCUGACAAGUAUUUGCCCGCCAUUCGAAGCGUGGUCAACUUCGCGAAAGGCAUACCCGGGUUUCAUCUACUGAUGCAAGAUGACCAAGUGACGUUGUUGAAGGCGACGGCAUUCGAAAUCCUGCUUCUGCGGUCUGCCCCCCUGUUCGACACGAACACCAAGACGCUGCUGCUGCUGAACGGAACGGCGUACAGCAGGGACAGAGUUCAGCGGCCGCUGACCGGCAAGACGAUGACCGGUGGCUGUCAAGGUCGCUUCCUGAUCGAUUCCCUGUUCGACUUCAUGAACCGUUUCAACCAGAUGCAGCUCAGCGAAGCUGAAGUCGCCCUAUUCUCGGCCGUUGUUCUUGUUUCUCCCGGCAGAACAUAUCGACAGGAACCCUCCGAGUCGUGGUGCCUUCAGCGACACGAACAUAUUGCAAAAACCGUCACUGGUUACACAGGAUGA